CGCUGUAGGCGGGGAAGUGUACAGCGUGUCAGUUCACUCAGUGAGUGCUGGUAUUUGGUCGGUGACAGUAGCUCGUCUGUUGUAGAAUUUAAUACAGAUAUCCUGGACGUCAUGGAAAACGAGAAUUCAGAGUCUUCUAAUGUUGCCAAAAACACUGUAUUGAAGGAGGAGCCUGUAAUGAAAGGGAAAUGGGUCGAGCUCUACAAGACGACAUAUGGGGAUCAUGAAGGUAAAACCAGGACAUGGGAAACUGUAAAACGUGCAACCAGAAUAGAAGGAAACUCAGCGGAUGGUGUAGCCAUUAUACCUGUACUGCAGAGGACACUCCACUACGAAUGUAUGGUGCUCAUCAAGCAGUUUCGACCACCUAUGGGCUCUUACUGUUUGGAAUUUCCAGCAGGACUUAUUGAUAAAAAUGAAACCCCACAACAAGCUGCGUUACGGGAGCUGGAGGAAGAGACUGGGUACCAAGGAGAGGUCAUUGAGUGCUCCCCAGUGGCCUGUAUGGACCCGGGCUUGUCUAAUUGUACGACCCACGUGGUAACUGUUCAUAUCAAUGGUGAUGAUCCUGUGAACAACAAACCCAAACCCAAGCUUGAAUUUGCUGAGACCAUUUUGCUACCAAAGUUUGAGUUACGCAAACGUAUAGACGACCUACUUUCCAAGGAGAAACUUAUCGUGGAUGCCAGAGUUUAUACGUACGCCUUAGCAAUGGAACACGCUGUAGCGAAACCCUACGAACUACCCUUCCUGAAGGGCUAAAACUUUAUACAUGAUUAAUAUCCUGCUCCAUAAAGAAAAAAAUCACAUCUCAUUCGACUGUAUAAACUGCAGCAGCAAUGCCACAGAAACAGACAUUUAAAGCACUUGCACCUUUAUGUGCAAACAGUUAUAAAAAUAUGGAUCAAAAUUCAUAUCCAUAAAUAUUGGGAAUAUAAUUGUUUUUGUUUUUUAAAUAUACAAAGAUAAUUUGUUGAGUAUAAAGAUACCGAAGUAUCACAAGCACUUUUUUCCUCUGGUGGCAUUUGUGAUUAGGUUUGCCACCUCUGCCGUGUUUUCCUGGACACUGAGUUACACAUGCUGCAGGGUGUGCAGAGGGCAACAUGAAUUGCAUCCCUGGACAGCACUAUUCAUGUUCCUCCUUGCAUACCCUGCAGCAUGUAUAAAUCAUAAGUGUCCAGGAAAACAUGGCCAAGGUGCCACCCUAUUUGUGAUAUCUUCACUUGUAUAUUUUUUUAACUUUUUGGUAGUUUUGGAUUGGAACUGAAUUCCUGAGUGUUCACUGAGGGGGAACCAUAUAAAAACUAGUGACUUUAUGGGGUAUUCCAUUGAUACACACACUGGUUAAACACCUGUUAUGAAAUUAGGUGUCUUAAAUUUAAGAAGGUUCUGUUGCUUUCAUAAUUUACAGUGGGAUAUGGAUAUUACAUUAUCAGUUCUGUAUCAGAUGAGCAAUAUUGCUGACUGGAAUAUGAUUCCUAAAAUGACUCAUUACUUUUUUAGAAUAAUCUGUUCAGCAGAUGGUAAUAGAGGUUUGGGAAUGUGAUAGGAUCUAUAGGAAAAUAGCUAUACCAUGUACAGACUAAGCUCUUUUACCAUGUUUACAACUGUAGCAUCAAAUGUAUUAUAAACUAAUAAAAUAGCAUCAUUUUUUACAUUUAAAUUAAUAAAAUGUUUGUUUUAACACCAA